AUGGCUACACUGGUCGAACGCAUAAGGCCGACAGUUUUGUUCUGUCGAUUGUUUGGAAUGGGAUUUCAACGCGAAGACUCGGAAAUGGCAUUUUUGGAGUACUGGAUUUUACUUGCUUUUAACUUGACGUUAAUCAGUUACACUGUAUUCACUGACAUCUUUCAAGACCUACACAUUAUGAAAAAUCUGAUGGAUGUCAUGUCGUUCAUGACUGUUAUCCGUUACUUCACGAGGACCUUUGUUCCGGUAGUAGCGAUAUGCUCGAUAUUAUUCACUAGAAAUAUUAUAAUUAAAACAGUGCAAACACUGGACGACCUCAUACCGUCCGUUAAACGUACUCCGUUGUCGUUUUAUUCGUGGUACUUCUAUGGCUGGUUGACGUUGAGCCUCGCAACCGACUAUUUGCAGUUCUUUACAUUUUGGAUAUCGGCAAAUUUCGGAAUAUACUCAGUGCGCACUUUGUUUCACCUAACGUUCUAUAAUAUUUGGAUAUCCGUACCCGUCGCUCAAUACGUGGUUCUGAUUAUGAUGAUUCAAAACGGUAUCCGUGGAAUGAACGACGACAUCACAUCGAUAUCAAAGUGGAAAUCGUACCGUACAAGAUGGAAGAUGCUGAAAGACUUGGCCGAAUACCUUACCAAUUACGUAUUCGCCGCGUUCAUCAUCGUCUAUGUAUUGUUCAGCAUGUGUGAAACAUUUUUUUUCGCAUUUGUCUCGUUUUUAGCUUUUAGAGAAAGCGAGAAAUACCGUACAAGUGCUUGGCUGAUAACGGCCUUGAUGCGAGCAAGGUUCGUCGUACACCUAUUCCAGAUUUGUCAAAACUGCAAAAAAGAGAUUAUGAAUAUUCAAAAUAUCCUAAAUGGUGUCAAGACAAAAGGAAAAUCAGACGUUAAAGUACAAUAUGCUUCACUAUACAUGUUACAUACAGACUUUAAGCUCAUGCCGUAUGCUAUUUUUGAGUUGUCAACUCGAAACUUACUACCUAUGUUCACUGUGGUAAUUGUUUUCUUGUUAUUUCAAAUUCAAAUGAAACUGUUCGGCAAUAAAAACAAUAACCUAACAAUUAAAAUGCUUGACAAAAAAAUGUGACGAAGUCCCGUCUCAUUAUAGUUAUAGCGAGUUAAAUUUAUAAAUAAACAAAAAAUAAUAAUUUUAA